AUGUCAAAAGAUCAGAUGAAAACUGCCCCUCUGAGGCCAAAAUUCAUCAGUGUAACAAGUUACUUAUUCGAGGUGUUUUCAAAAAGUUCCCCACUUGAUUGGGAUUCACUGUGA